CGUGGAACUCGUGGCAGAGAACAGUCCACAGUCCGUCCGUCCUUCUGCAUCAGCAAAAGUCAGCAACAAGGUCGGCGUUCGACCUGCGAUUCACCAUGUUGGACGCUUUCGAGAUCAUCAACACAUCAGGAGUGGUCCUUUGGUCCAGGAGUUAUGCAGCUGUCAGCCCCUCGGUAGUCAAUAACUUCAUCUCGGAUGUCUUUAUCGAGGAGAAGAGCACCGUUGCCGGCGCAAAGGAUGGCGCAUCUGCCGCCACCAACCCACCGUACAAACACGACCAGCACAGCCUACGAUGGACAUUCAACAAGGAAUUGGGAAUCAUUUUCGUCGCAGUCUACCGCUCUCUCCUGCACUUGCCUUGGAUCGAUAAGCUCGUCGACAACAUCAAAGCCAUCUUCUUGAGUCUCUACGGCGACCAGCUUAAGAAGCCGAACACUACCAUCAUUGAGUGUAUCAAGUUUGACGAAUACUUCGAACAACAACUUCAGGAGCUCGAGCAGGGCAGCAGCAAGUCGGACACACGCGCAUACAUCGACGAGGCCACGUCGGAGGACCCAGGUGACGAUCCCCCUUUGCCGCCGGCUCUCGUGACCAACCAGACAUCUCGGGACAAAUCAUCCGCCGAAGCUUCCCCAGUUGCGACACCCAAUGUCUCGCGCCCGUCGACUCCCAGCGCAAGCCACCUGUUGGUGGCCAAGCCCGGGCCUGGUGGUAAAAUGUCGAGACGGGCGAGAAAAAUCCAAAAUACCAAUUCGGCGCCACCUUCAUCGGGCGACGAAGGCCCGGGCCGGAAGGGGAAGCCGGCCAAGGCGGCGAAACGUGGGCGGAAAUGGGAUGCGGAUGGGCUCGCGGAUGAGACCGACGACGUUCAGCUCGAUUACUCCAUCCCCUCCGGCGGUGAGGUUGACGCCGGUGGGAGACCGGGGGCCGUCGAGGAAGUGGAUUCCUCCACGUGGGGUGCGAGGACGAAGGGGAAGUUCGUGCUCAGGGACUUGGGUGACGAAGUUCAUUCCAUUCUGGCGGAUGCCGACGCCAAGAAGAACGCCGAAACUAAGACCGAGGGAUCAAGCGGCCUUGUUGGGUCGAGCCUGAGUGCCAUUGGGGGACUGUUUAGGAACGUUGUUGGCGGCAAGACUUUGACGAAGCAGGACCUCGAAAAGGCAAUGAAGGGCAUGGAAGAGCAUCUUCUCAAGAAGAACGUUGCGCGUGAGGCCGCUGUGAGGCUAUGCGAGGGCGUUGAGAAGGAACUCGUGGGAGUGAAGACGGGCAAUUUUGAGAGCAUAAACGCGAGGAUACAAAAAGCCAUGGAAGCCUCUCUGACCAAGAUGCUCACCCCGACAUCCUCCCUCGACCUCCUCCGCGAGAUCGACGCCAUUACCGCGCCGUCCGCUACUUCUCUCCGGAAAGCCCGCCCCUACGUCAUGUCCAUCGUUGGCGUCAACGGCGUCGGCAAGUCCACCAACCUUUCCAAAAUCUGCUUUUUCCUUCUGCAAAACCAGUACAAGGUGCUCAUCGCCGCCGGUGACACCUUCCGAUCCGGAGCGGUUGAGCAGCUGGCAGUGCACGUUCGCAAUCUCAAGGAGCUGACAGCCCGUGAGGGUGGACAAGUUGAGCUGUACCAGAAGGGGUACGGCAAGGAUGCCGCAGCCGUGGCCAAGGAUGCGGUUGCCUUUGCUGCCCAAGAGGGCUUCGAUGUAGUGCUCAUUGAUACCGCUGGACGGAGGCACAACGAUCAGCGAUUGAUGUCCUCGCUAGAGAAGUUUGCCAAGUUUGCGCAGCCGGACAAGAUUUUGAUGGUCGGCGAGGCGCUCGUCGGCACCGACUCAGUCGCCCAAGCCAGGAACUUCAAUGCCGCUUUUGGGUCCGGCCGGUCGCUGGAUGGCUUCAUCAUCUCGAAGUGUGACACCGUCGGAGACAUGGUCGGCACGCUGGUCAGCAUUGUGCAUGCCACGAAUGUACCGGUGCUGUUUGUUGGCGUUGGGCAACAUUACUCGGAUUUGAGGAACUUCUCGGUCAAAUGGGCAGUUGAGAAGUUGCUGAGCAGCACAUGAGAUGUUAUUGGAGGGCUGACUAGACAUCGGGGGAAUAUUGGGUACGAUUAGCAUAGGAAAAUAUCCGAAUAAUGUCUUUUGCGA